AUGGUUUUUAAUCAGAAACUCCUAUCAUUUUUCUUGCUUCAACUGAUUCAUGUUCUUUUAGUCUCAAUUCUCUCGAAUGGGCAGGGCUUAAAGCUUGGAUUCUACCAGAAAACAUGCCCAGAUGCCGAGUCCAUUGUUAAACAAGUUACACACCAACACAUUUCUCUUGCACCAUCUCUUGCUGCUCCUUUGUUAAGAAUGCAUUUUCAUGACUGUUUUGUUAGGGGAUGUGAUGGUUCUGUGCUUCUAAAUUCUACCAAGAACAAUCAAGCUGAGAAGGAUGCAGGCCCCAACUUAAGCCUGAGGGGAUUCCAAUUUAUUGAUACUGUAAAAUCCGCAGUAGAAAAGAGGUGUCCUGGUGUGGUUUCUUGCGCUGACAUCCUGGCUUUAGUAGCUCGAGAUGCAGUAGGAGUGAUACAUGGACCUUUUUGGGACGUUCCUACUGGAAGAAGAGAUGGAAGAGUUUCAAAUGCCUCAGAGACAGCAUCCUUACCACCAUUUUUCGCUAACAUAACCUUGCUAAAGCAAAUGUUUGCAGCACAGGGCUUAAACGAAAAAGACCUAGCGGUCUUAUCAGGAGCCCAUACUAUUGGUACAUCUCACUGCAGUUCCUUCUCCAAUCGCUUGUACAAUUUCACUGGCAAAGGUGGCACUGACCCUUCAUUGGAUCCUAAUUACAUUGUGCAUUUAAAGAGAAAAUGCAAGCCUAAUGACACUACAACACUUGUCGAAAUGGAUCCUGGAAGCUUCAAAACGUUUGACGAAGAUUACUACACUCUUGUAACUAAACGAAGAGGGCUCUUCCAAUCUGAUGCAGCUCUUCUUAAUGACAAUGAGACUAGAGCUUAUGUCAAACUUCAGGCUGCUACCCGUGGAUCUACCUUUGCAAAUGAUUUUGCUGUAUCCAUGAUUAAGAUGGGGAAAAUUGGCGUCCUCACAGGCAACGCCGGUGAAAUCAGGAAACACUGUGCUUUUGUCAAUUAA